UAAUAUCUACCUUUAAUGCAACACUGUAUAUAAAAAUAUGUCAACAUAAGGUAAUUAAUGCCUAUGAUGGUCUUCAUGGGCUUCGCUGAUAAAAAUGUCUCGUCGUUCCCAGGAUAUACCAAUUCGACCUCGUUAUGGGCUGCCGCAGGAGCAAGGUGAAGGCGACAAUGAAAGUUUGAAUAAAAUUAGAAAAACAUCUGUGGCCAGUUCUGAGGUUGGCUCAUCUUACAAAGAAAUACCGUUCCUUGCGCAAUAUGCAGGUUCAGUACCAGAUAGUGUGUUAAAUGAUACUACACCCACUGUUCCAAGACCAACAAUUGGACGGGAAGAAAGUCUAGAAGAUGAAGAAGACGAUAGUGGAGCAGAAGAAAAUUCAAAAAGUAGCUCUCUAGAAGUUGGCAGCAAAACUCCCAAAAGGCCAAACUCUCUAUUAAAUGAUGCUAUACCAUACGAACUGGAAGGUUCAAAUGAGAAUGACACUGGCCAGAUGAGACAUUUUGUGGCCGAGAACUUGGAAGAAAAAUUAAGAAUAUCAAGCCCUCAAAAUAGAGAAGAUCAGUUCGUUUUGAGUGGAACUUUGUCACACCAGAGCACGCCGUCUACCUCCACCGCUGGAGUUAUGACCCGUCAUUUUUUACAAAUGCCCCAAAUACCGCAAAUUGAUUCUAAUGUUUUGAAUGACAUAGAAAUCGAGGCUCAGUAUUUGGCUACGUCGGUAGACAACUUGACCGAAAAUCUUUGCAACUUACUACAUUCCAUUUCAUCCAUUACCGCUGACAACGUUGAAGUACACAAAAAUGCUGUUAAUAAACUCACAGAUAGCAUGGAUGCUAACAUUAAAUGUAUGUACACUAUUAUGGCUAAAACCGAAGAAAUAUCGAAAUCUAUGCAACCUACUGAACAAUUGGGUUUACGGAUACGCGAAAUCAAACGGCUAGUCGAUAUGCUGGAUGGCACCAUGUAGAUUACUAUCAAACAUAAAAUCUAUAGCCAUUUUUUUUUUAAAUGGAAAUAGUUUGAUGGUUAUAACAUAAAUAAUUCUUGUAUUUAUGAUUGUCCAUGUAGGAGAGCGAGUCUAAGGAGAGAAAACCGGACGAGCAAGCAUCACAACAAAUUUUUUUGUCCUUUGAUUUAAACUUGUUAUUUUUCAUUCAAA